AUGAAAACCUGCACAGUAAUUGUUUUCCUGCUCCUGGCUGCCAGCGUCGAGUACGCCAGCUGCUUGCACACUGAACCAAGCUGUGCUCACUUCUCUGAACUUCUGCCUGCAUAUCUCCGAGACCUGAGGAUCAAGUUUGAGGAAAUUAAAGAUUAUUUUCAAUCGAAAGAUGAUGAACUUAGCAUCCAGCUGCUCAACGCUGAAUUACUGGAUGAAUUUAAGGGCCCCUUCGCCUGCCAGUCCGUGUCGGAGACCAUGCGCUUCUACGUGGAGGAAGUCCUGCCGAGGGCUGGGAGAGCCAGCGUGCACCACCAGCAGAGCCUGAGCGACCUCGGCAACAUGCUGAUGAGCCUGAAGGCAACGAUGAAGCGCUGUCACAGAUUCUUCACGUGCGAGAAGAGGAGUAAAACUCUAAAGCACAUUAAGGAAACGUUUGAUAAGAUGAAUGAGAAUGGAAUCUACAAGGCAAUGGGAGAAUUUGACAUUUUCAUCAACUACAUCGAAGAAUACUUGAUGAAGGGAAGGAAGUGA